AUGAAGAUUCAAGUGUUAAGACUCCCAUCUAAAGUGAAUCUUUUAUACUUAAAAAAUGACGAACAAAAAAUAUUAAUAAACAUGAAACCACUCGGUAGAUGUCGGGAAAUAAGCUGUGAAAACCCUAAUGUAAGCUCUGAGAAAUUAAGAACGAACAGCAUGCAGGACAUCGCAAACAAACGUCUUUCUGUACAGAAUGAUCGGAUUACAAGGUAUGCAAGCCCUAAUCGCUUUGACUCCCGUGCUGUCCCAUGCAGCUUCUUGGAUUCAUAUAGAUCUUACAGAUGGCCUCAAAAAAAUGAAACGAACUUUAAUAGAUCCAAAUUUAGAUCAUCUAUGCAAACAAGCCUUUCCUCCUAUGCAGUUCCCUAUACAGAGGAAUAUGCUUUUGAUAAAUCUAUACCCAAGUUUACUGGACAGAAUCCAGAAUCCGUAGUAACAAGUAAUGUAAAAUUCUGCGAGAAAAACAUAUCUUCCCUAAUUGGUAAUGAACAGUCGACUGGGAUUCCGCCUGCAAGAUAUGAGUCGACUGGACCAUGUAUCUCUAUUUCUAGACAAUGUUUAACAAAUGUUGUGAAAGCACCUAACACCAGUCUUAGUAACACUACUACAAAUUGUAAUUCUAAUUCCCUGAUAAAACAUUUCAAUGAAACCUCGUCCUCUCCGCAUAACAUAUCUUCUACUGCCUAUCGAACUUUACCACGGAAUUAUCAUCAGCAUCAUAAUUAUUAUUAUUAUGUUUCACAUGAAAAUCAAUCACAACCACAACCCCAGCAACAAUUGCAACCACAAACACAAUCACAACAUCAAUGUUAUUCUUUUCAUCGAGGAUCUACGCAUCAUGCUGUGACCAGUUCAUUAUCGCAUCCAGAAAUUUCUAAAGCAAAUUUAUUGCCCAACAGGUAUUCAGUUAUACCUCAGACUACAUUAAAUAAUAAUAGUGAUAAUAAUAAUAAUGAUAGUAACAGCAAUAACAAUUACAAUAAUCCUGUGUAUAAUGUUAGUAAUAUGAUCAACCAGUCAAAAUGUUGUAUUAUACCUUCGUCUUUAACAGAUUACAGUAUUUCAAAAAAUAAUUUUGAGCUACAGAUGAAUCAGGAUCAUUCACUUGUGAAUCAUAAUACAGUUGAAUGUACCAACUCCUGUGAGAACGAUUCAUCAAAUAAGUUCUGUUUACCGAAUUAUGACAAGUGUGAUAAAACUCAUAAUGAUAAUAAUAACAAAACCGGAGAUAAUGCCACUAUGGAAAUUCAACUAAUAACAAUAAUUACACAGGAGAAACACAUAAACAAGCCAAUUAUCCAUUUAAGGGAAAUUCAUUUCGCUCAGUUAAAAAUAGUCAUAAAAAUCGAAUUAGAAUUACUGGUACCUGAAAUUAAAUUAAUUGAUUCAAGACCACGAACGCGAUUGUAUAUUCAAUCGGGAACAAAAACGCAUACAAAAACAAUGACACUUCGAAAAGACUUAAUAUCUGAUGACAGUUUAAGUGAAGAACAAGAAUUUCAUCGAACCGGUUUCAUUUCUCUGCCUGAUCGAAGAUCAUCAUCAUCAACAACAAGAAAAGGUGUUCAUCAACUGCCAACAUCCCCUUCAAUGCCUCUGCCGAGUGAAACACCAUCUGGUCGUUGGAUAUACAAUGUAAAUCUCUCAGAAAUGGAUUAUACCAGUGAACCGUAUAGUAUAUGUACAUCACUUGUUGAAUGUAAGCAGACAGACACAGAUACAGUGGAUAGUCAAAAUGAUCCAGAUCUUACGGAGAAAUUAGAUUAUAUUGCCUCUGAAAUUGGUCUAUUACAUCAUAAGAAUUAUAUGCGACGUGAGCAUUCACAAUCACCACAAUGGGAUAUUAAUGGUCUACUAUCAACAAUCAAUCCCUGUUCAGAAUCAGGUUCACCUAAAGUUGGCUUAAACCAUUUUGUAUCCCAAGGGACACCAACUAUCGUCUCAAAUCCAGCAUCUAUCAGUUCACUUACAAAUGAUACUAUUGCACUUCAGACAAAUUCAACAUCUUCAACUAGUCCUAAAAUUACUGAUUCAAGAUGUAGAAGUCAUUUUUCACGUGUAGAUGCAGCUUUAGUAGCUAAUAACAAUAAUAAUAACAACAAUAAAGAUACGCCACAAAGUCGACCAAGUAGUACAGGGAGUAAAAUCUUCAAACGAUUUCUACGUCAUAUAUCACCGAAACUAAGACGUAGUUUUUCAGGAUUUUCAAAUAGAAGAAAAAGUGAAACUCGAAAACACCAGGAAACAGAUCUCCAGUUAACGGAUUCACUUAACCAAUCGACUUCAGCAUUUGAACGUUGUAAAUCAGAUCGUCAUUAUUCGAAAUCAUUUCUUUGGUUAAUUCCUCGUUGUUCAAGUCGUUCAAAGGAGAAUAAAGAAAAGGAAAAAGAAAGAGAAAAGACAAUUGCAGAAGGUGAUCAAAGCAGUACAAUGUGUCCAUUAAAUGUUGAUGCGCAUUCCCACAAGACAGUAUCACCAGUUGCUGUGAUAGACAACAGUUGUAUGUCAGAUUCGUCAAUUACACCGAUGGUUAAAAAUUCUCAUGAGUCGAAACAACAAUUUUCAUCAUCUACACUACCUACAUCAUCGCAUUAUCAAUCCCAUCCGCGUUGUUCACGUUAUCAAAACGGUUAUAAUAGUGGCAAUAAUAAUGAGCAUCACAGUCAUCAGCAUACACGUCCUCUGAGUAUUGCUUUGCCAAUUGAUAAUGAAGAAAGAAAUGAAACUUCUCUUGAUUCAUGGUAUUCAAGUGGUCAAUCACAUCGUCGUUGUCAGACAGAAUAUUCUCCUAGAUAUAAAGAUUUUGCUACUUCUGCAUCAGCAGAUUAUUCAGGACCUAUUUAUCUGAAUGCAGCCUUGAAUGCUUUCGGUUAUGGAUGCAGACCAGAAUGGAAGCAGUUUUGUGUUUCUCCAUCUGCACGACGUUUAGCGCAUGCAAAACAAUCGUUGAGAAUGAGACAAAUGAAGCGUAAUUCACUUGACACAGAAUUAUACACAGACAUAUCAACAGGAGACAUUCAUGAAUCUCUUAAUAAUACUAAACAUGUUCUGAAUAAUGAUCAGCGUAAAGAGACCAUAUCAUUUUAUCAUGAAAAUGAAAGUGGCUGUAAGAAUGGGGAGAAUUCUGUUGAAAGUAAGCCUAAACAAACUAUUGGAUAUUAUUGUGAUAAUGAUAAAAAGAACGGAUCAUUGUCGAAAAAUGACAAGAAGUCUUCAGAAAACCUGGAGAUGUCUGCAGUCAAUGAUAACAAUAAGAGUAAUUUAACUGAUUCAGAACAGAGUUUCAAGAUUUCUGCGCAACACCUACAGAAACAUAAUAAUGAAUCUACAUCCCUCGAAACUGCUCAGGUGGUGGUUGGCAGUAAUUGCUCUGAAACAGGAGAAAGCACUGAACAAAUCAACGAGUCGGAAAAACAAAACGUUGACAACAAUAUCAAAAAAGAGAAAUUCCCUGAUGUAAUAUCAGCUAUCCCGUCAAGAACUCCACCGAUUAAACGUAGAAAUACAGCACUUGCCAUUAAAGCAAAAGCAGCUAGAUUAAGACAACCGUUGAAUACCUUCUUACCUAAAGGUAUGCUUGGACGUCGUGAUAAAUUAACAGCAGCCUUGUAUAAGGCUGGUGAAGUUAUUGAUCAAUCGGAAAUGAUUACUCAGUCAACGAACAAGAAAGAACUUACAACUUUAUAUGAAUCUGAACACUCACCAACGGAACAAGAGCACAAUACUACUACUAGUAAUAAUCAUAAGAUUACAACAGAUUCACAUUUUUCAUUAUCCAUCUCACCGUCAAUUUCAACAUCACAAAGUUUUAGUGAAGACGGUGAACGUAUUAAAAAGUUGUCAUCUUCUUCAAAUGAUGUACACAAUCGAGCUGAAAUCGCUAACAGUCCAUCAGAUUGGAUUGAAUAUGUAAAAAAUCCUGAAAUUAAUAAAUCUGAUGUAGAAUUGUCAAUGAACGAGGAUGUGGAUUUUGUAUUCAAUUUGUUAAAGAAUGUACAAACAUUUGAAUGUCAAUUAGCAAAUGUAAUCAAUAUGGCUAAGAGUGAAUUGAACAAAGAUAAAGACUCUGAAGAAGACAAGGUUUCAAGCAUAACUAGUGAUGGACAGCAUGGUACUCCAGUGACAACAACUAAUUCGGAUCCAGUAAACAAUGACGAACUGCUGACAGGCAUUGGUCAUGCACAAAUGUUAAUAUCUGGGAAUCUUACAACCUUGCGUAAAUUGUGCAAAGUCUACUUAGAAGCAAAUUCACAAGUAAAGAAACGUCAGUCAAUUGAUUACAUUCCAUUGAGAAGUGAUUUAGAAGGCUAUUGGGAUUUAAUUUUAAUACAAUAUCGACGUUUUGAAUCACAAUUUCCACAUUUAUGUGACUGGAUUUCAAAAGAUUUUCGUAAUGAUUUACAGAAUUUCGUCGAGAAAUCUGUUGGUUAUCAAUUUGUGCAAAUAUCUGAAGUUGAAAGUUCUAAACAGUUGGAUAAUGAGACUACAAGAAGUCCUAGGAAGGAGUUAAACAUAGCCGCCUCUAAAAGUCAAAAGCAAUCUCCUGGAAAACACACUAACUCAAAUAAAACCACUCAAUUGCGUAAUGCUGCCCGUGAUCGAAUUGCCAAUGCUCGUAAAAAAAUGAAAGAGAAAUCACAACAUAGUGAAGUUGACGCCAACGCUAAUGAUAAGAUUGAAAGUGAAUCAACCGAUGUUAAGACUAGUGGAAAUUCUCUAUUUUAUACUAUUGAAUAA